GGCUGUGUCGUUCGUGUUGAUCUCAACUGCUGACUUCACCUGCGAUGAGUGACGCUGAAGAGGCAACUGUACUCGGGAAACGCGCCCGAACAGACGACGGCGUGGAGGCGGGGGCCGGUGCAUCUAAGCAUAUGGACGCGGAAGAAGAUUCUGACGAUGAACUUGGUCCCAUGCCCUUACCAGCGGACGCGGAAGGGACGGUCAAAAAGAAGAGAAAAGUUCUCCCUCAUGAAAAGUUGUACCUCGACCAUCUUCCUGACGCCGACCAAUACUACAAGAGUUUCAUGCACCGGGAUACCAUAAGCUUUACUUUCGUAACCAAGACGGAUUUCAUCAUCACGACCUCGAUCGACGGACACCUGAAGCUGUGGAAGAAGCAGGACGCGGGCAUCGAAUUUGUGAAGCACUACCGCGCCCACCUUACCCCCAUCACUGCAGGCUCGGCCAGUGCUGACGGGCAGCUCUUUGCUACCGUUUCGGAGGAUGGAACUGCGAAGGUGUUCGAUGUGGUCAACUUCGACAUGAUCAAUAUCAUUCAAUUGGGCUACACACCGCACUCGUGUUGCUGGGUCCAUCGGCGUGGUCAAGCACAAGGAUUGCUUGCCGUCUCGGACUCAUCUUCGGGAACCAUUCGUCUAUAUGACGGCCGAGGCAAUGAGACGCCGCUAGAAACGAUCUCUAAUCUGCAUCGCUCCCCAGUCCAUGUCAUGACUGUGAGUCCGUGUACAGUGAUCGCUAUGAUACGGUUGUUUCGGCUGACGAACAAGGCUUUGUCGAGUACUGGCGGCCCACAGAGCCAUUUGAAGCUCCGAAAAACGUCCCCGGCAUGUGGGCCUACAAGUCGGAAACAGAUCUCUAUGAGUUCAAAAAGGCACGUCCCGUUCCAUGUGCGGGUUGUACAUUAUGCUGAAACGCCUCUCCAGUCCAAAGCAACUCCGACAUGCAUUACGCUCAGUCCGGACUCUUCGUCAUUCGCUACUUUUUCUUUGCCCGACCGCCAGAUCCGGGUGUUUUCUUUCCUUACGGGAAAACUGACCCGUCGAUACGACGAGUCUUUGCAGGCGAUCCAAGAGAUGCAGCAGGCCGGGACGGCGCUCUACAAGGUCGACGACAUGGAAUUCGGACGUCGUCUUGCAGUUGAGAAAGAGCUGGAGCUGCCGGGGCCAGAUGGGCACAUACCUGGUCGCUGGAGCAAUGUUGUCUGGGAUGAGAGUGGCGCGUUCGUGCUCUAUCCGACGCUGCUCGGGCUCAAAGUUGUCAACACGGUGACCAAUCGCGUGUGUCGACUGCUGGGCAAAGACGAGUCGGUGCGGUUCUUGAACGUGUCAUUGUAUCAAGGUGCUCCCGCCAAGAGAGGUUUGACCACGAUUACGAUGGCGGCCUCGUCCAACCCGAUUCUGGCUACCAAGGCUGCUCGGGACCCGACUUUGUUCUGCACGGGCUACAAACGAGCGCGGUUCUACAUGUUCACUCGGUCAGAGCCAGAGGAUACCAAAUCAGGUGACAGAGAUGUGUUCAACGAGCGGCCCACGCGCGAAGAGCAGAAUGUGGCGACGUCUGCUGUGGUCGGGUCGUCCGGGCCGUCUCCGCUCGCCAACUCAGCUACCAUACACACGAGCAUGGGCGACAUGCACAUGCGACUGUUCCCUGCGCAGGCCCCGAAAGCCGUCGAGAAUUUCGUGGGGCACGCCCGCAGCGGGUUCUUCGAGGGCAUCAUCUUCCAUCGUGUGAUACCCAAGUUUAUGAUCCAGACCGGAGACCCGUUGGGAGACGGCACUGGGGGGACAUCCAUCUGGGGCCGCGAAUUCGAGGACGAGUUUUCGGAGGAUCUCAAACAUGACAGGCGAGUUCUGCCGUAUACUGUGAGCAUGGCGAACGCCGGGCCCAAUACCAACGGAUCCCAGUUUUUCAUCACCACGACACUCACUCCCUGGCUCGAUCGAAAGCAUACUAUAUUUGGUCGCGUGAUUUCUGGGCUGGAAGUGCUGCACAACAUCGAGAAUGUGAAAACCAGCCACGCGGACAAGCCUUACGAGGACAUCAAAAUCAUCAGCGUUCAGGUCGAGUAAUCACGUAUUACAUAAUGAUAUCACAAAUGUAACAAGCAGCAACGUGAAGCCCGAAAACGAAAUCCCUGCCUGCUGCCCGCCGUUGGCGUUUUCUCCGGCGCUACUGGACGCAGUUGCGUCGACGUUGAGCACCAAGGGUGCGCUGAGCCCGAUCGUCUGGUUCAGGCAAUCCAAGAGCUUCGUGUCGACUCCUGCAGGAAGGGCAGUGUCUGGGGCGCCCGCGCCCUGGAAGACGGCAGAGUUGUUGUAUCCGUCCAGGCUCAGAGCGAUGCUGCUCGCGCGGUAAUACUGGAUCACCUGCUCUGGCUGGGGUGGUGCUGUCGACGUCUCGUUGUACGGCGACGCGGUAACGCUUGUGGAGGGAACAAGCGAGGACGAGCAAUUGGCUUGCAAGGCGGUGAUGAGUGCGUUGGUCGUGGUGCUGUCGGAGAGGAUCCGGAAGACAGUCACGUUCGGGCCGUUGGAUUGGAAGGCCGCCGUGCUCAUCGCUCCCCCAGGCCGGCUGCUGUUGUCGGCCCGUCCAUACUGCGACGUUAUAAGCUCAUGCGAUCAGGGAACGCAGAGGAAUGAUUCAGACGCACUUCUUGGUUUGAGUGUAGGUGAGGGCGCCCGAAGCUCAAAGGCCAAAAGAAAUACGGGAAUCCGCGCCCAGACACAUCUGCGCCAGACGUCCCGGGAUAUCCGCUUCCAUACGUUCUGGUUUUAUCCCGUUCAUCUCCCGCACGACAGAAGAGCAAAGCGAAACUUGCCGCACCUCGAACCGAAAAUGUCACCGCGCGUCCCGCCUCCUUCUUGGCGCCCGGAAAACGGCUGGCCAGCAGCGAUGGUGACGACCUGCCCGCCCCCGCCUCCGUACGGCACUGCCGUUCUGUCGACAGAUCAGCCCACACCUCCUUCAAGGGUUUGCAGUGCCGGGAAACUGACUUUCCCGAACCACCCCCGCUGCUAAUGGGAAACGAAGGGCCAGCCUCGCCUGCCGAGUUGGUGCUCCCUCCUGGGGAGUCGUGACUUGAUGAGGAUCCAGAGCUGGGGCUACUGAUGCUGCCCCCCGCAUCUGCGCUCCCUCCCGCGGAGCCGCUCUCUGACGAUCCAGCGCCGGUGCUCCCCCCCUCCUCUGCGCCACCGCCUCCUUUGGUACGGCGCUUAGAUAGCCUGCGUGUACUGACGAGUGGAACAAACAUCGGAAUGUGGAAGACGGCGCGUGCUGUUCUGCUUUUAUCUGUCGAGCAUGCGCGGGAUCAACACACAGCGGUAGCACAUCUGCCAAAGACACCGCCCAGUACUUGAUCGUCUCAGACAGUGAAUCUGAUGGCUCAACAGCAGUCGGCGCACACAGCAGGCGCCAAUGGUACGGUACAUAUAUAGAGCGGGAACUACUGAUACAGAAGAUGGGAUGCAAAGUAUGCUAAGGAUAUGGACAGGACGCAUCACGCCUUGGCUACUGCCGGCUCAGACUCUUGUGGCUCUGCUGCAGCUGCUGGUGCAGUCUUCUCCGUCGGAACAGGGGGAUUGGGACCGCCGUGCUGCUUGAUCAUGCGGGUCAGACUUUGCGUAUCCGCGCCCCGAACCUGAUUGACACGGUCAAGAAAUCGGCGGCAGCUGUCGGUGGAUCAAGCGCCUACCAUUGCAACCACAGCUUUGUCCUUGAUGGCGAAGAACGUCGGCAUAGCAGAGACUUGGCUAGAAAGAGACGAACAACUCAGAUGAUGUCCGGGAAAUUGACACGUGCACGGCGGCGUCACUCACAGGGCCUGGGCGAUCGCGGGUUGGUCGUCCACGUCCACUUCGACAAAUUGGACGUGCGGAUUCUGCGCGGCCAGUGCUUCGAAACGUGGUGCAAUCAUCUGCAGGAGGUGCAGGGGCGCGGUCGGCCAUCUUGGAUCGCAGAUGUACAAUAAACACGAACCUUGCAGGGGCCACACCACGCCGCCUUGAAAUCAACAAUCACGGUCUUUCCUGCGGCUUCGGCGGCUUCCAUGACCUGGUUCCACUGGGAAAUGGAUUCGAUAUCGACGGGAUGCGACAUGGCUGGUGUGAGGUAAAGGUGGGUGCGAGUGGAUGUGUGCUUGACGGCUGGACGCAGCGAGAGGCCAUUUAAAUAGCCUCGGUGUAGUCAGCAGUCAGAAGACGCCAGAACCUCGCCGCGAAUCCGUCAACGACGUGACCCAUGGUGAGGAUGAGAAAGCGCCGCACGUGCAAGCGCUGACCAAGCCUGUGGCGGUAAUAAGCAGCGGGCGGUGGGCCGGGGAUCUCACGACCGAGGUUUGAAUUCGACAUUUGCCGGCGGAACAGAGGGGCGUGACAUGCAGGCUGCACCUCCAGUUCGAUAAGAGUCGCAAGACCGGUCGAAAAUACGCCAUAAUGAUCAUCACGUAGAUGGGGACAUAUGCGACUCGAUGUUAGAUAGGUCCUGACAGGCUUGAACAGGACUGCGCCGUCCAAGAAGAGUGGGCGAGAAGGCAUCCAUCAAUAUCUACCAUCGCAAGUGAUGUCAGCACUAUUACAACGCAACUCUGUCCAUGAUUUCCCUCGUCACCUCUACAGUCAUCGACAAACCUUCCUCCUCUAAUAUACUCUUGAAUCGCCGCUUCAACUUCUCCACGAUCGAAUUUACCCCAAGAGAUUCAGGAUGAGCCACUGCGAGAUCUGCCGGGCAGGAGAACUUCAAGAACGUGUGCCCGUCUAGAGUUGUUCCGUUGCACGCAAUGCACGAGUAGACGUCCAGCGGCACGCCCGCCAGAAACGCGCCGUGCAUCUCCACAGGAACGUAUGCUACGGGGUAUCCCAGCAGGAUCGCUGCAACGGGGAUGAUCGUCUGCGGGUCGAGAUCGUCGGUCCAACGAGGUGGUGUACUGGCGAGCAGCGCCUCAAUCGUGUCUUGGAUUUCGGGAGGGGGUUCGUGCAUCUAUGUGCUCAUGAGCCAAUGGGAUCUCGCAGGCAUCACGACUCCGAGUCGAGGCGCACCAGGAGCGGGCUCUGCUGAAGCUGUAUGAACGCGACAUCGCUCAGCAAACCAUCGCAGAGGUGUCGCCGCAGCGUAUCGCAGUUCACGAAGAACGAUUGCUGUGAGCUGCUUUCAAAGACAUGCUCCACCGCGCGAAAUUCCGCGUGGCUCUUCACAUGUGCCGAUGAGCGGAGACGUGCAUAGCAGAGAAUGCGUGGUUGGCGUACUUUUCGGAGGUCUUCGAGAAGACCGGGGUACAAGGUUUCCGGAUCCCGAGCUGCGAUGGCAUCCACGAGAUAAGCCGGGCUAUAAAUGCGCGCGUCAUCGACGGACUUGGAUCGGGCCAGGUCGUGCGGCGCACCGGCAUCCCAGUGCGAUCAGCGCAAGGUCCACGGCGAAGUUCCUUCUUUUGACCGCACCGAGUUUGCGGAAAGCAGACACGUUCAGAGCGGACUCGACACUUUCAGCAAGAACAUCGACGUUGUGGAUAAGCGCAGACAUGGUGGGUGUGGUUUACAUUUGUUACUGCGAGUACUGUGUAUGGGAUGUCCAUGUUGUAUGAGAAUACACUGUUUCUGACUGCGUCACACGAGAGCCCAGAGAGAAGAAAGAGAUAGAGGGACGAGAAAGGUUUUAGCAUCUGGACCGAAGAGGCUCAAAGAGUCUGGAAUGUGACCUCCGAGUCCGCCAUCGUUCCUAGCCCAUCGCGAAGCGAACGAUAUGGUGAUGUUUGUGCUCGAAGACGCCGCGGUCCUCGGUUUUCUUCGGGAGCAGCUUCCACUGGCAGCGCGAGAGCUGGACCAGGAAAGAGUGAGGAGGCGACAGGCUCGCUUCCAGGGCAUGGCUCCAGCAGAUGUCGCGUGCUCUCGUCCGCGAAGAGAUGGCACAGAAGCGAGAACAGGAAGAUGCGUGGCUGGACUUUGGGCGCUGGGCUUGGAGGAGAGGAGCGCGAAGGAUGGACCGACUGGGGGCUCGGGGGUGAUGGAGAUGUCUCUGACUCUGCGGUGGCGCUGGUCCAAAGUCCAGAGUCCAGCGAUAGCGAGCUAUCACCCUCAAGUAGUGUGAACGAGUCCUCGGAUUCAGACUCGGCGUCAUCGGAAAGGAGCUCGGCGUUGGGUGAGGGGAAGAUGAGCGUAGACUCGGGAAGCCAUGUCUGGGUGUGCCGACGGUGUUGGGCGUACAUGGUGGAGGGAAACGGAGAGAGAAAGAACCCCAAUCCCAUGAUCACGACUGAAUGGGCUAUACUUACGUUGGGGCUCCCUAUCUUUUAAACUCUUAUUCAGA